AUGAAUUACAGAGCUUAUGGUGAUGAUCUCAUAAUGUUGGGAAGGCUAUAUGGAUCAGAGCUGUCUGUUGGCGAAUCAAGUGUCAAUGUUAAAGAGAAUGCCGGUGGUUUGGAAGCAAGCAAUGAAGCCAACAAUGAAGCCAACAACAACAAUGAUGAAGAGGAUGGAUUGUUUGGUUCUGUUGACAGGGCAAAGAAAACAACAAUUGAAUUAGUUACAGCAAUCAAGGACGAAUUUGGUAAUGAAGUUUGCAAGGAGGUUAUAUUGGAGGCAUGCAAGGAAGUGCAGCUUAUUCUAUACGGAAAGAAGAGAGAGUUAAAGACAUCAGCAAUGAGUGUUCAGGAACACAGGGAACGUAUUCAAUCAUUCAGUUUGGCCAACCUGGAUUUACGAUUACGUCUGACUGGAACUGAUCCCGUUCAACACUGUCUUCAAAUCAACCGCAAAAUUAAAUCAAUGACAAUGGCAAGAUACCUUUCUCAAACAGCAACAUUUGUUUAUUUAUUGCGAAUGAACAGCAUCAUUAGACGAGCGGAAAAGGAAGCCAACGUUAGAGACUUUAAUGAAGGAUUGAUGGAGGGAUUGGAGUUUACAAAAACGCAACAGCUAAGCAAGUUUAAGCGAAAGUGUCGCCGUGUGGAUGAAUUAGUGGAAUACUUUGGUCAGGCAGGUGGAUGUUCAUUAGGAAUGUAUAUCCCCAUCUUUACUUUGGAAAAUGGGGGUAAUGAUGAUUGGUUGGAACUAGUUAAUGAUUUGAAACGCCAGACUGAGUUUUACGUGUAUUGCAUGACGCUGACUGUUGAUGAAAAUGGUUUGCCUGUUAGUUAG